AUGGCAAUGGCACACUUCAAUACUGAUGAUAUGAAGCUUAUUCUUGGUGUCAGUACCAAAAUUAGGUUAAACUAUUUUGGUCUGAUUGAUGCACCUGAUUAUCUCAUCCCAGCCACCACCACCCACUGCCUGCAUACUGCCCCCACCUCACUAACUACUGCUACUGCUGCUCCACCAUCACUGCCACUGCCCACCACCAUCUCUCUGUCUCUCUCUGGUGCCAUCAGGGUCUUCACCUGUCAAAUGGUGGAUAUUAGAGCUUCUGUCUGGUUCACAAAGCCAGUUCUGGAGGAGCAGGAGAAGAAGAAGAAGGAGAAGAAAAAGAAGAAGAAGAAGAAGAAGUAA